CCCUGCAGCGGAACCAUUGACAGAACCAGAGUGUGCGAAGAAGAGCAGAAAAGAGAAUGCGAGUGCUGUCGUGCAAAUUUCUUGGCCGAGUUGUUAACUCCACGCUGCCCAACGUCAAACCAGUGAGAUCUUUUUCCAGAAAUCUUCCAGCCAUGGUGAAAGUUGGAGAUGCUCUUCCCGCUGUGGAUCUCUUUGAGGAUUCCCCGGCCAACAAAAUCAACACCGGCGACCUGGUAAAUGGCAAGAAGGUGAUCAUCUUUGGUGUGCCCGGCGCAUUCACACCCGGCUGCUCAAAGACCCACUUGCCGGGCUAUGUGAGCUCUGCCGCUGAGCUGAAAUCCAAGCAGGGCGUCGACGAAAUUGUCUGCGUGUCCGUGAACGAUCCGUUUGUGAUGUCUGCCUGGGGCAAGGAGCAUGGCGCUGGCGGCAAAGUGCGCCUACUGGCCGAUCCAGCCGGUAGCUUCACCAAGGCUCUAGAUGUUUCCAUUGAUCUGCCGCCACUGGGCGGAGUGCGCUCCAAGCGCUACUCGCUGGUCGUGGAGAACGGCAAGGUGACCGAGUUGAAUGUGGAGCCCGAUGGCACCGGCCUCAGCUGCUCCCUGGCCAACAAUAUUGGCAAGAAGUAGACAGAAAGAGAGAGACGCAACUCGUAACGCUUCCAAAAAUACUUGCAGAAAAUUGCGAACUCAAUUAGUAGGACUUUAGGCCUAGGGGAAAUGAUAUCAAUUCUAUCUUGGAAAGAACUAUGUAGAACAUAUAUAAUAUAUGCGAUUAGACAAGUUA